UCAGGCUACCAUAUUAACAAUGAAAGAGAGCUAUGCUAACUACCCUGAGUACUGCUCCUAAGCCUGCCCAGAUGGUAUGGGCAAGUGUGUGGCUGGAUGAACGUGGUCGACCUCGGCGGUGUAAGCCGGUCACUAUGGAGCGCGAUUUCAAUGCCCCACGCAGUGGGUAUAGCAGCCAAAGUUACAUCAAGGCCUUGAAAGAAGAUCUCUUGCCUCAUUGUAGGAGUUCACAUUGUUCAUGCACGAUAACGCUGGUAUACAUACCCCACGAGUAGUACGCAGCUUCCUGGCCGAGCAUCACAUCACAACUAUUGACUGGCCACUGUACUCAGCUGACCUUGAUUCUAUUGAACACCCCUGGUGGCACCUCAAGAAGUGCAUGCACUACUUCUAUCCACAGUAUAACAAUUGUAUACACUCUCAGGAAGAUUGGGAUGGCUUUUGUAAGGCUCUACUAGAGUGCUGGUGUAGGAUACCAGGAUCGCUCAUUAAGCAGUUAAUUAUGAGUAUUCCGCGACGCCUGGCUACUUGUCGGGCAGCCAGAGGGUGGCAAACAAAGUAUUAAUACAUGUGCAUUUGAUUCCAAG